UCCUUGAAUAACAGCAGUUUCCUUCUGCAAUGGGCGACGGAUUUAUCAUAGCAAUAGACUUUGGGACAGCAUUUAGCGGAUAUGCCUUUAAUAUCAGUGCCAGAGGGGAAGAAAGUGACCCUCGCUUGAAAAGAUGGGGGAAAGAGUAUGGAUUAGAGACCCCAAAGACUCCAACCUGCAUUUUGUUUAAUGAAGAUAAAACAUUUCUUAGUUUUGGUUAUGAAGCCCAAAUGAAAUUCAAGGACAUGAGGGGAGAAGAAGCAAAGAAACAUUAUUUCUUUGAAGACUUUAAGAUGACUCUCUACAAGAAAAAACUCAGUGAUCUGAAGAUUAAAGAUGCCAGCGGGAAACCUUUGGAGGCACUAAAAGUUUUCUCAGAGUCCCUGAGAUUCCUGAAGGAUGACGCUCUAAAAACCAUCAGUUCCAACACUGGGGGGUGGAAGUUCACUCCCUCUGACUUCACCUGGGUUCUCACUGUUCCUGCCAUCUGGGAUGAGUCAGCUAAACAGUUCAUGAGAGAAGCUGCAGAACAGGCAGGAAUUGUAACAGAAGGAUGGGAGGAGAAACUGCUUAUUGCUCUGGAGCCAGAAGCUGCUUCUAUCUGGUGUAAGAAGGUUCCACCAGACGGAUUCAUCUUAAAGAACCGGAGCAGAGAGUCACUGGAUGAGUCUCCAGGGACUCGGUACAUUGUUGUGGACUGUGGAGACUUCCUCAAAGACAGACCUCAGAUAGUUCGGGUUGGACAGAACACCUCUGAUAUCAUCACCCUGAGUACAGGCUCCCCUCAGGGCAUCCUGAGCCCCCUGCUGUUUACCUUGAUGAGACACAACUGCGUCCCCAGGUUCAACACCAACCACACCGUGAGGUUCACAGACGAAACCACCAUGGUGGGCUUCAUCAGAGACGACAACAACUACAGACGACUACAGAGCACCACAUUCUUUGGGGUGCACAUCACAGACACCCUCAUCUGGACUGGUUAA